UAUAUGUCGGCGCUGGUCUCUGUUGUUGCACUAUUAUUUUUUGUGUUUACAAUACAAUUUUACAAUUAGAAAAAUUUGUAUUAUUUUAUAAAUGUAAACAAAAAUUUUUACUAAUAUGAAUACAAAAUCUGCCAACAAUAUGCGGAAUCUUUGCAGAACGUGUAUGAUGAGGUUUACGAAACUCCAACGUGAAAGCGCUAUUAAGAAUAAGCAAAACCUUUAUGAGGUACCCAAUGGAGGUAAAGAUCACAGUUUGAUGGAACUACUUGAAAUGGUGCAUCCUGACAUAAAAGUGGAAGUCAAUGAACAUCUACCCAUGCUUAUGUGUUCAGAUUGUAUUAAAAAAUUAUUAAUUGUUCACGAAUUUAUCGAGAUGUACAAAAACGUCAAUAAACAAUUCCGUAAUAUGUUAAAACAAGUUGAAAUUGACGACAGUCAAGGGAAUCUAAGUCCAUUACAGGAAUCCAUAGAAAUUAUUGAGAUAAAUGAUCAAGAUGAGGAGGUCUUAGAUAAGGAAAAAGAAGAUGAUGCCUAUAAAUUAACAGAGUUAGAAGUUGAAGAAGUGCAUGUUGAGGAGCUGGAAAAAGAUGAAGUAGACGUAAAUGAUUGGCCAGAAUUUGAUGAUGAACCAAUACAUGAUUUUUCGGAGGAAAAUGAAAAUAAAGAAUAUUAUUUCACAAAUCCCUACAGCGAUGACGAAACAGAUGAGAUAGAACCAUUUUUUAAAAACCCUUAUAGCGAUGCUAGUGAUAACGAGUGGAACCCUAGUGAAUUUGUCCAAAAGAACAAUAUUUCUCUCAAAUCCAUUACUGGAAAAAGAAAAUCAAACAAUAAAACAAAUAAUGAAACAACUACAAUUCCCUAUAGCACUGCUAGUGAUGACGAGUGGACACCUAGUGAAACUGCCCAAAAAAAUACGUCUUCUGCAAAACCCAAAACCCGAAAACAAAAUUUAAAAAACAAAAUAAAUGACGAAAUCACGGCACAAAUAUCUUCAAAGAAAGUCAAAAGAAAAAAGUUGAUAUCAAAAAAUAAAAAGCAAAAUGAUGAAAAUCCACAAUUGCCUGCAGAUAAUGAAAAUGUUAGUUUUCCAUGCCAAAAAUGCAAUAUAGUUUUGGAUAACGAACAACUUUGGCAGGAGCAUUUGCAGUUUCAUCGAUUGGGUAAAACAGUUACCAAAUCAGACAACUCAACUACAGCUCGAACUGAAAGGGGCUACGAAUGUGAACAUUGUGGCAAAGUAUAUUCCAAAAAUACAUCAUUUAAGGUUCAUAUGCGAAUACAUACGGGUGAUGCUCCAUACUUGUGUAUUGAAUGUGGAAAAAGUUUUAAAGUUUUGGGAAGUUUAAAUAUACACAUGUUACGGCAUAAGGGAGAGAAAAAUAUUCAAUGUCCGCAUUGUCCCAAGAAAUUUGUGUGCGCAAGUGGUUUAUACGGUCAUAUGAUGGUUCACAAAAAAGAAAAGCCAUUUGUAUGUGAUAUUUGUGGAGCUGCCUUCCAUAUGGCCUAUAUGUUAAGAAAACACAAUCUCUAUCAUAAUGGCAUUAAAAAUUAUCCAUGUGAACAUUGUGAUAUGCGCUUUGUUACUGCCGAAAAGCAACGUCGUCAUAUGCGUACACAUACAGGAGAAAAGCCGUAUCGUUGCAAAUAUUGCGAGAGAGCUUUUGCACAAAGUAAUGAUUGCAUUAAACAUUUGCGGCAACACUUAGGCGAUAAUGUCUAUCAAUGUGAAUUAUGUCCGCUAAGAUUUCCAUUGGCUAGAGAUUUACGUGCACAUUUUGCCUCACAUAAAGAUGACGAUGAAGAAACUCGAGCACGUAAUUUGCAGGCUCGUAUGGAAGAAGAAAAAAAUUUGAGAAUUAAAUUGGGAAUUAAAGAAACUUAAAUAAUUUUAUUUACAUAUGUAUUGUAUUUUAAUAAAAACAGAACAUUUCUUUUUUAUUAUGAAU